AUGGUCAAGAACGUGCGCAUCACCUACCGCCGCCGCCACUCGUACGCCACCCGGUCGAACGGCAUCAAGGCCGUCAAGACCCCCGGUGGCAAGCUUGUCGCCCAGUACCGCAAGAAGCGUGCUGCCGGCCCCAAGUGCGGUGACUGCAAGCAGUCGCUGAAGGGCAUCAAGCACCUGCAGUCGAAGGAGUACAAGAACGUGAGCAAGACCCACCGCACCGUGUCGCGCGCCUACGGCGGCUCGCGUUGCGCCAUCUGCGUGCGCCAGCGCAUUGUGCGUGCCUUCCUGAUCGAGGAGCAGAAGAUCGUCAAGAAGGUGCUGAUGGAAAAGCUCAAGAAGAGCAAGUCGGCCUAA